AUGAAUGAAUUGCCACAGAGUCAUACAAGAUGUCCCGCCCACAAAUGUUCAGUUGAAUCACCUGGAUGGUUGCCUAUUCAACAAUCUAAGUAUCGCUACCAAGAUGAGGAUGCUCCACAUGAUCAUACUUUACCUCGUUUAACCCAUGAAGUGAGAGGUCCAGAACUAGUUCAUGUUUCUGAAAAGAACUUAUCACAGAUAGAAAAUGUCCAUGGAUAUGUCCUGCAGUCACACAUCUCACCUCUGAAGGCCAGCCCUGCUCCUAUAAUUGUCAAUACAGAUACGCUGGACACUAUCCCUUACGUCAAUGGAACAGAGAUUGAAUAUGAAUUUGAAGAAAUUACAUUGGAAAGGGGCAAUUCUGGCCUGGGUUUCAGUAUUGCUGGAGGAACAGAUAACCCACAUAUUGGGGAUGAUCCUGGAAUAUUUAUUACUAAGAUAAUACCAGGAGGAGCUGCUGCAGAGGACGGAAGGCUUAGAGUCAAUGAUUGCAUUCUGCGGGUGAAUGAGGUCGAUGUAUCCGAAGUUUCGCACAGCAAAGCUGUUGAGGCACUCAAGGAAGCCGGCUCCAUAGUGCGACUGUAUGUCCGUCGGAGGAGACCUAUUCUGGAGACUGUUGUGGAAAUCAAACUGUUCAAAGGACCAAAAGGUCUGGGAUUCAGCAUUGCUGGAGGCAUAGGAAAUCAGCACAUCCCUGGAGACAACAGCAUCUAUGUCACAAAAAUUAUUGAUGGAGGAGCAGCCCAGAAGGAUGGAAGGUUGCAAGUAGGAGACCGGCUUCUUAUGGUAAAUAAUUACAGUUUAGAAGAAGUAACACAUGAAGAAGCAGUAGCAAUAUUGAAGAAUACAUCUGACGUAGUUUAUUUAAAAGUGGGGAAGCCGACCACCAUCUAUAUGACCGACCCCUAUGGCCCUCCAGAUAUUACUCAUCCUUAUUCCCCACCCUUGGAAAACCAUAUGCUGUCUUCAGUCAACAAUGGCACUUUAGAAUACAAGACGUCUUUGGCCCCCAUCUCACCUGGGAGAUAUUCGCCUAUCCCAAAGCACAUGCUAGUGGAGGAUGACUAUACCAGGCCUCCUGAACCCGUUUACAGCACUGUGAACAAAUUCUGUGAUAAGCCACCUUCUCCUAGGCAUUAUUCCCCUGUCGAGUGUGACAAAAGCUUCCUCCUUUCAGCUCCCUAUCCCCACUACCACAUAGGCCUGCUCCCUGACUCUGAAAUCAUCAGUCAUUCCAGGCAUAGUACUGUAACUCAGCCUCCCACCGUGAAUAUCCAGAGGACCAUUUCAGUAGAAGGGGAACCUCGAAAAGUUGUCUUACAUAAGGGCUCGACAGGGCUUGGUUUUAACAUUGUAGGAGGAGAAGACAGGGAAGGCAUUUUUGUAUCCUUCAUCCUAGCAGGUGGACCAGCUGACCUCAGUGGUGAACUGCAGAGAGGAGAUCAAAUUUUAUCUGUAAACGGGAUCGAUCUUCGUGGUGCUACACAUGAACAAGCUGCUGCGGCACUCAAAGGAGCAGGCCAGGUGGUGACCAUUAUAGCACAAUACCAGCCUGAAGAGUACGCUCGAUUUGAGGCCAAAAUCCAUGAUCUGCGCGAACAGAUGAUGAAUCACAGCAUGAGUUCAGGGUCAGGCUCCCUGCGAACCAAUCAAAAGCGUUCUCUCUAUGUCAGAGCCAUGUUUGACUACGACAAAAGCAAGGACAGUGGCCUCCCAAGCCAAGGACUCAGCUUCAAGUAUGGAGACAUUCUCCACGUUAUCAAUGCCUCCGAUGAUGAAUGGUGGCAAGCAAGAAGGGUCACGCUAGAAGGAGACAGUGAAGAGAUGGGAGUUAUUCCUAGCAAAAGAAGGGUGGAAAGGAAAGAGAAAGCACGUUUAAAAACAGUGAAAUUUAAUUCAAAGCCUGGUGUGAUCGAUGCAAAAGGGUCAUUCAAUGACAAGCGUAAAAAGAACUUCAUCUUUUCACGAAAAUUCCCAUUCUACAAGAGCAAGGAGAUGUGUGAGCAGGACACCAGUGACCCUGAACGAGGACAAGAGGACUGCAUUCUGUCCUAUGAACCUGUAACAAGGCAGGAAAUUAAUUACACCAGGCCAGUUAUCAUCCUCGGACCAAUGAAAGAUCGGAUUAAUGAUGAUUUGAUAUCUGAAUUCCCUGACAAAUUUGGCUCCUGUGUCCCACAUACCACUCGACCAAAGCGUGAUUAUGAAGUGGAUGGUAGAGAUUACCACUUUGUCAUCUCCAGAGAACAAAUGGAAAAGGACAUUCAAGAGCACAAGUUCAUCGAGGCUGGCCAGUAUAAUGAUAAUCUGUAUGGAACAAGCGUGCAGUCCGUGAGAUUUGUGGCCGAAAGGGGCAAGCAUUGUAUCCUUGAUGUAUCAGGAAAUGCAAUUAAACGACUUCAAGUUGCACAACUGUACCCUAUUGCUAUCUUCAUUAAGCCUAAGUCAUGGGAGCCCUUGAUGGAAAUGAACAAACGCCUCACGGAGGAGCAGGCCAAGAAGACAUAUGACCGAGCCAUGAAAUUAGAACAAGAAUUUGGAGAAUAUUUUACAGCAAUUGUGCAAGGAGAAACCUUAGAAGAUAUAUAUAACCAAACCAAACUUGUAAUUGAAGAACAAUCGGGACCUUUCAUCUGGAUUCCUUCCAAGGAAAAGCUAUAAAGUAGCCCAUUCGCCUGUCAUCCCAACGGAGAAGUAUUUAGAAGAAAAUUUAAUCCUAACUUAUUUGGAAGCUUUGGGGAGGGCAGGGGGAGUUACUUUCACGUUUCUUGCUGUCAAUGUGAUUUUUUUUUUCUGAGCAUACAACACAAACUGAUUGAAGCCAUGAAGGACACUGAUUUGGUCAUAAAGGGGAAAGAAAAAAAAGAAAGACCUUUUUUUUAAAAAAAGUCUGCCAUAUUAAAUCUCUCUCUCUCACACACACACACACACACACACACAAACUGUUCUGUGUGCUCACCACACAGCUUUGGAAGGAUGGAUGUUGGAGGCAGAAAUGGCCAGCAGGCUGCCUCUGUCCCAGCCUGUAUUGGCUCAGCUCAGUCUGUUUUUUGACGGUUGAAAGAAUCUCCUGGGUGUCUUAAUCCUGCAGGACAUGUCUUUUGAGCUCCCAUUUAAAGCAGAUGUGGCCAUAAGUUCUACUUUACAGUUCUCUGGAGGAAGAGCUGAAUGGCCUGCGCCUUGCAGAUCCUGAUCCAUGUUCCACUGGACUCUGCUGAGACCUUAAAUGCUUUUAUUAUUAUUUGUUUCCCAGAUGUUGGAUCGGGGACUUACUUUGAUCAUAGUACAUCUGUAUUUGCAGCACCUCGACUUUCACAUAACUAUGCAUACCUCUCCUUCCCCCAUCCCAGCCCAGUCUGGAACAUAAUGUCUCUCCAUCUACUUCAGACCCACCACUGCAUCUGGUUCUUAAUCAUUCGAUGAGAUUUGGUGGGAAGGAAAGCUUUCAUACUAAAGUGCACUCAUAUGAACAUGCAAGAUUCAGGGUACUUGAACUUGACCAAGAAGGGUACAAUUGGGAGAAGCUUUACAUUUUAUUUUAAUUGUCUAUAUUAUCAUUUAUAUGAAGAUAGAAGGCACUUAA